CCGCCGCCGACGCCACACGACGCCGGCGUCGCGACGACACGAGCCUUCAGCUCCGCCGGCGUCUGCCGCGGAAACCUCACAGGGCGGUGCCAUGGGGAAGUCGCUGCCAGCGGUGGCUGCCGGCCACUGACGCCAGAGAUGAGCGCCUCACCCUUCCACGGGAGGCCCUUCGUCUUCCGCGUCAACGACAACGGCGGCGGCCCGCACCUGCUGCUGCAGGUGUGCGUGGAGCGCGGCUGGCGCGAGUACAACUCUGAAGCCGGAGGGGGCGCGCCGCGCGACACGUGGAACCUGUGGUGGCGCACGUCCGGCUUCCCUCUGUCCCACUACAAGCAGCUCAAGGCCUGGCAGUUCACCAAUCACAUACCGAAGGGCUCCAUGAUUUGCCGGAAGGACAACCUGGCUCGGUACCUGCGCUGCAUGAGGAAGGUUUACGGCCCCAUCUACGAUUUCAGCCCACUGGGAUACAACCUGCCACUGGAGUACACCAAGCUGGUGGCAGAGUGCACGCGCCAGAGGCGGAACCGCGAGUCCUCCGUCUGGAUCUGCAAGCCCGUCUCGCAGAGCCAGGGCCGCGGCAUCUUCCUCUUCAGGAAAGUGAGCGAGCUGACGUACGACUCGAACGCGGUGGUGCAGCAGUACAUCGAGAACCCGCUGCUGAUCGGCGGCUACAAGUUCGACCUGCGACUGUACGUAUGCAUCCCGUCGUACCACCCGCUCACCGUCUACCUGUACCGCGAGGGCCUCGCCCGCUUCGGCACCGACAAGUUCUCGCUCAGCGAUCUCGACAACCCCUUCCGCCACCUCACCAACAGUUCGCUCAACAAGCUGGGCCGCGGCUACACGCAGAAGAAGGACAGGGUUGGCGCAGGCUGCAAGUGGUCGCUGCGACAGCUGCGGCACUACCUCCACCAGGCGGGCCACUCGGACUGGCUGCUGUGGCAGAAGGUGACGGCGCUCGUCGUGCUCACAGUGCUGAGCCACAGCCCGUCCGUGCCCACCACCGCCAACUGCUUCGAGUUCUACGGCUUCGACGUUCUCGUGGACUCCUCCCUCCGGCCCUGGCUUCUCGAGGUGAACCUGAGCCCCGCACUGGGCAACGACUGCGACGUGGACGCGGCGGUGAAGAAGCCGAUGCUUCACGACAUGUUCGACCUGCUAGGACUGCCCGUCUGCAACACGGGGCUGUCGCUGUUCGCCGUGUUCAGCGUGGCGCCGGCGUUGGCGGGCGGCGGGGGCGGCGGCGACGGCGCCAGCGGUUGCGGCUGCAGCGGCAGCUCGGGGGACGAGUCGGAGGAGGCGGGGGCGGCCUCGCUGGAGGCGGACGCCGGGGGCCGGCGGGGGCCCGGCUCCGCCAUCGCCGUCGUCACCGCCGCCAGCAGGUGGAAGCGGCGCCACCUGCUGGUGAGGGAGUCAUCGGCCGGCGUCGGUGGCCCGCGGGCGCGCAAGAAGAGCGCGGGGGCGUCCCCGUCCCCCGGUGCGCUGGUGGCAGGUGCGGGGGCGGUUGCCGGCCGCAAGGCGCACAUUGGGCGCGCCUGCACGCCGCCCCCGCGAGCCGCCUCCGGCCACGCCCUGCUCGUCGGCGGCCCCGACUGCACCUCAGAAAUCGGACCUGGAAGCGAGGCCUCCGACGACGCCUGGGCAUGCUGCUGCUACACCCAGGGGCUCCGCAGUGGCGGGCGCUGCUACAGCGGUCGUGCGGCGGACCGCGCCGCCUCCGCAGCCGCGUCCGCCCCCACCGCCAUGUGGGGCAACGGGCGCGACUGGCGGCGGCCGCCCGCCUCCGAGGGCGCGUGGGUGCGCCUCUGCCCGCUGGACGACCGCGCUGCCGCCUCCGCCGCCCCCAGCGCCACCUCCGCGCCUGCCCGCGCCCCUUCUCCUGGGCCGCCAUCUGUUGGUGACAGAAUGUACUAUCCAACUAAACUUUCUGAUAAACUUGAUCAGUUUUCAACAUUUAAACAUGGAGGCAGAGGUAGUGUCGAAGACAAUGGUGAUCACGUCAAUUAUGGGAGCUGUGUAGCGCUAUAUCGAAUAUUUUGUAGCUCGCCAGUAAAUGAUCGGGUGCAGACUCAUCUCGGCGACAGUGGUUUCUAUUUCCUUGUAACGUAUAUUCUGGAAGAGAAAAAGCUUGAGUAUAAAGGGAGCAUUAUAUCUAUUGCUUUCUUGUAUGCAAGUACGAUUUCACAAAGAGAGGUUCGCGACGUCGUUGCUGCAGUCACCCGCUACGUCAAAGCAGCGCGAGACAUCUACCGGCGAAGUCCACAGCUCUCCGACGCCGACUACAGCGCUGCCAUGCGGGAUGCGCUAGCCAUUAGUGCCGAAAUCUGGGUGCCGCCUUGUUAGUGCCGAUGACCGGAAAGCAAUCAGCCAAAGCCCAAAAGCGUUAAUAUUUAAAAGAAAAACGUUAAGAGUGUUCAGUAAAAAAAAGUGUAAUGAAUUACACUUUUUCCCAGGUUUAAGUGAAGGUGUGACUCUAACUCAAAUUCAAGAAACAAAGAGAGUAUACUAGGUUAAUCAUUUAAAACUGCCACCUUUGAAUAUUUUUCGACUGGGAAGUGCAGUUAACAAAAUGAAAACACACACAUUUAGACACUCAUACAGCUACACUAUAAAGUUAUUCCAACCCUGGUGGAAGAAGAUAGUUUAUAACGGUUUUAAAUAACCUAUAAGACAUAUAAAUCACAAGUAUUGAGGAAAAUUAAAAAUGUUCUGGCAGUAUCUUCAUUAAUCAACAGUUGACUAUAAUGCCCCAGAAUCUCAAAAUUCAUUUUCUAGCAUAGUUAGUGAUACGGAACACAUUCUUUUAUGUUCUAGUUCAACAGCAGGAACGAGACACUGGUAGCUUAUCAGGGUAUACUUACAUUUCUUAUUUACAUGGGGAAUAUGCAUGUGCAAGAAAUGUUUUUCUAGUGCUGAUUGUGUCAACGAAGUUUAUGUUAAAAGCUGUGUGAGACUAUAAGCAGGAGAACUUGAAAAUUUCUGUAUAUUGCCCACAAUACAAUUAGUGAAAUAGAGUAAUGUCAUUCGGAGAGGUGAGAAAUCACUUUCCGGACUUCAGAAGAAUAGAAAAACAAAUAAAAUUAUUUUAUUUCCCAACGCUGCUAAACAUUAUGAAUCAGGAUAAUCUUCUGUCACCUAACGAAGCUUUAUGAGAAGUUAAUAGCACCUUUGUCAUUCUAGAUACCUCUCACACCUUUAUACCUGAUAUUAAUGUAAUGGUGCCUAUAGUUGACAUCAGAAGUUUGUUUGCUAAAAAAAUCAGAUUCCUUUGUUUGUAGAUAACAGUGGGGUAAUGCAAUAUAUCAUCAAUUCAUAUGUAGUGCAAAUUAUUUCAGAGACCCUCAAUGCACAAGAAAUGGAACUCUUAACAUUAAUACUGGAAUAUCCUGGGUGGAUUACAAACAAUGAAAUGGCUGGACACAGCCAACCAUAAUGAACAUAUGAACUUGCAUUCUUCUUCAGACCAGCCACAAAUGCACAGUCAUGCAUUGUCCAAGCACUGUAACCCAGCUCUCGUUUAUCAGGCAGAAGUUUUGUUUCUUUGUGUGUGUGUGUGUGGGGGGGGGGGGGGGGGGAUGGAUGGGUGUGCAACAGAGGGAGAGAGAGAGAUAUGAAGAACAAUGAAAACUUAUAAUCUGAACAACUGCUUUCAAGUUCUUGUUUGUGUACCUAUACACCGCUCAUUGCUUCCACUAUACUGCCAUAUAUUACCACUUAUAUUGACCUAUAGCACUGCACUAGGGUUCUCUUAUAAAUUGUUGACCCCAUUUAAAGUUUAUAACAUUGUCAUAUGGGAAAUAAAGAAAAACUGAAAGAAUUCGUGUCACAGAACACAUUUCUGUUUUAUCUUAUAUACAUUGACUGAGAGAGAGAGGAAAAAACAUAGGCUGAGAAGGGGAGAAAUAGAUGGGGUAUUGAUUUAAUGAAUAUUUUAUUUAAUCUAUCUUCUUCCCCAGGCUGUUCCAUCAAAGAUUAGUAUGCAAAUAUUUUCAUGCUAUUGUGUACAAAUAAGAAACACAUAAUUUCAUGCCAACAUCUCAUUCAAAAAGAAUACACUAUCAAAAUUUUUGCUUUAUUUCAAUAUUAUAUAGUUUUUCAGUGAGUGUUAGUUAUCAUUGUGAUAAUUUGUGCUAUAAAGGGUAUUAUGUCUUAAUAGUUUAUCUUUCAAUUAAUUCUGAGAGAUUUUUUGAGAACCAAAUAUUUCAUGAAAAUGUUAUCUCUCACAUUGUAACAGGAGGAGACAAUAAUUAGUAAUAAUUUACCAUACUAUUCACAACACACAUUUCAAAUUGCAGUAGCAUUUACAUUUUAAAUUACUUAUUGCAUUCACACACCUCGAUAGCACUAGACUAUACUUAACAGACGAUAUUAAAAUUGUACAAAAUGUGGAAUUUAUUCAUUGCUUUAAAAAAAAAUCUUAUGAUUACAGUUAUUCUGGCAUUACUACCCUACAUCAGGGAGUGCAAUGUGUUCAUAUUUGUUGUAA